CUGCAGCAGCGUGGGUGUGCGCGUGCGUGUGCGGCGGAGGAGCCUUGAGGCGCGCACACGCAAGCAGCGAAGAUGGACGGCGUGGGAUCAUUCGGAGCGGGCCGAAGCGGCUCCACUGUGGACCCCAUCACCUUCGCCAAGCAGCCGCAGACCCUUUUAAGAAUCCUGUCGUGGAUCUUCUCCCUGGUGGUGUUUGCCUCCAUCGUGAACGAGGGUUACGUCAACGUCGGCAGCGAGCGUCUCUACUGCGUCUUCAACAAGAACGCGGACGCCUGCAACUACGGAGUCUUUGUGGGUCUGGUGGGCCUGCUGGCCGGAUCCUUCUUCCUGCUCCUGGACUACAAGUUCUCUUCCAUCAGCUCCGUCAAAGACCGCAAGAAGGCCGUCCUGCUGGAGAUGGUCUUCUCAGGUUUCUGGGCCUUCUUGUACUUUGUAAGCUUCUGCUUCCUGGCCACUCAGUGGUCUCAAACUACGGCCGAUGAGCUGCCACUCAACCAGGGGGCGGACGCCGCUCGGGCCGCCAUCGCCUUCUCCUUCUUCUCCGUUCUCACUUGGGCGGGUCUGACGGUGCGUGCCGUGCAGAAGUACCUGCUGGGCACCAACAUGAGUCUCUUCACCUCAGAACACGCCGACGCCCAGCCUUGUCCCUCCGACCCACCGGGGGGCACCGGCGAGUCCACGGAAGCUUACCAGAACCCGCCGUUUACAGCAGAGAACAACACAGCCCCGACGUACCAGGUUCCCAUUUAUUAGCCGGGGUCAAGACUAGGAAAAGCCCCCCCCCCCCUCGUCACUUUUUAAACCAUGUCAGCAAAUAUGUUCUCUCCUCCUCUUCUUGUCGACCUCAACAUUCCAGCUCUUUCUGCACUUUUCUACACUUGCCUUCACGCAGGGGACAUUCCUCGAUGGAAAGGUCGGAGAGAAAACGAGGAGAUCAUAGGAGAUGAGGCGCUAUUCCGACACAUACCACACUUUCACUUUCACUUUCGUUCUGUCCUUGCAGUCGAACAGAGAUCACUCGUAUCGAUUGGUUCCGCAUGUAGCAACUCAAGUGCCAUACUGUACUCUACUGGAAGUACUCUACUGGAAGUACUCUACUGUAAGUACUCUACUGUAAGUACUCUAUUGUAAGUACUCUACUGUACGUACUCUACUGUACGUACUCUACUGUACGUGCUCUACUGUAAGUACUCUACUGUAAGUACUCUACUGUACGUACUCUACUGUACGUACUCUACUGUACGUACUCUACUGUACGUACUCUACUGUACGUACUCUACUGUAAGUACUCUACUGUAAGUACUCUACUGUACGUACUCUACUGUACGUACUCUACUGUAAGUACUCUACUGUAAGUACUCUACUGGAAGUACUCUACUGUAAGUACUCUAUUGUAAGUACUGUACUCUACUGUAAGUACUCUACUGUAAGUACUUUACUGUAAGUGACUUCAUCGUGCAAACAUAGUCUGUGGUGGCAAGUGUGAGAUCCUGCUGUCACUGUCCUGCAGGGGCUUGCACUGCACUGCAGGGGAGCCACACUUGCUGUGGAUAAAGAAAGUGAAAGCAAGACUGUUAGCAGCAGCUUGUUGGGGAAAAAAAUACAACUAAACCAAAAAUUAAAAGAAAAUGUCAUAAAAACAAUAAAUUGGCAUAAAACCAUGGAAUUAAUAUGUUGGAGGAAAUGUAUCAAAUACAAAAUGUUUACAGUAUUUAUUUAUUUUUUGAAAUAUUUAUUCUCCCAGACAAAUCUUCUUCUUUUAGUUGAAUUGUGUUAAUUACAAUUCUCUUAUUACAUUUAUUAUUGGCAUCAUUAUUAUGUCUCUAUGGAUCUACUUUAUAUUUACUUUAUAUUUUCCCUAUUAUGUGUUGAUUAAUGCAUUAUAAAAAUACAUUAUUAAAGUAUUUUAUUAUUAUUUGUAAUACAUAAUUUUUAUUACGUCUAAAUCAAUGUGUUGAUUCAUACAUAAAAGCAUCCUUAAUAAUAAUAAUAAUGUAUUUUUAUUCAAUAGUCAUACUAUUACCAUUAUUACAAGUAAUAUUAAAAUAAAUAUAUUAAUGACGUAUUUUUAUUAUGUAUGAAUCAGCACACAAAAACUAUAUUAUAAUUCAUUAAUAAUAUAAAAUAAAUGAUCAUUUAAAACUUAUUCAUAUUUAGUAUAAUAUUACUCGUAAUAACAGAAAUGAUUGAAGAAUACAUAAUACAUGAUCAAUAAUGUACUAUUAAUGUAUUUAUUACAAUAUGACUUGUAACAAUAAUAAUUAUCACGUCAUAGAAUAAUAAAAAUACAUUAUUAAUAAAGUAGUAUUAUUAUAAUUAAUACAUAAAGAUGCAAUAUUAUUACUUGUAAUAGUAAUUAUUACAAGUCAUAAUAAAUACAAUAUUAGUAGCAAUGUAUUUAUAUUAUGUAUUAAUCAACACAAGUAAUAACUCAUUAAUACUGAAAAAUUCCUUAUUAAAAAUGUAUAUUUAUUGUGUAUUAAUCAACACAUGUUGGUGGAAAUAUACAUUAUUAUUAUUAUUUUAUAAACUAUUCCUUACUCUAAUUUCACUUGUACUAAUAACAGUAAUUAUUACAAAUAAUAUAAAUAAAAAGUGCUGGAGUAAAUCUAUUCUUAUUUAUACAUAUAAUUAUUUUUUAAAUAAUAUACCAUUAUUAAUCAUGUAUUUGCAGUUAACAUAAAUAUAUAUUUUAAUAAUAUAAAUGAAAUUAUUUACAAAAAUGAACAAUACAAUCAACACAUUUGGGAAAUAUCAUCAAAUAUCUCUUUUAGGUUUUCUUCUUAAUUAAAAUGUGCAAGUUUUACAGUAACAACAAAUAAAAGAUGGAAAUAUUAGGAGGGGGCGUUCACUUCCUGUAUCCACUCCACCUCGCUCCUGUCUCACCUACACACUAUGUCCCGUCUCACAUACACACUAUGUCCCGUCUCACCUACACACUCGCUCCCGUCUCACCUACACGCUCGGUCCCGUCUCACCUACACGCUCGGUCCCGUCUCACCUACACGCUCUGUCCCGUCUCACCUACACACUCUGUCCCGUCUCACCUACACGCUCUGUCCCGUCUCACCUACACGCUCGCUCCCGUCUCACCUACACGCUCGGUCCCGUCUCACCUACACGCUCGGUCCCGUCUCACCUACACGCUCUGUCCCGUCUCACCUACACGCUCUGUCCCGUCUCACCUACACGCUCUGUCCCGUCUCACCUACACGCUCGCUCCCGUCUCACCUACACGCUCUGUCCCGUCUCACCUACACGCUCGGUCCCGUCUCACCUACACGCUCGGUCCCGUCUCACCUACACGCUCGCUCCCGUCUCACCUACACGCUCGGUCCCGUCUCACCUACACGCUAUGUCCCGUCUCACCUACACACUCGCUCCCGUCUCACAUACAUACUAUGUCCCGUCUCACAUACAUACUAUGUCCCGUCUCACCUACACGCUCGGUCCCGUCUCACAUACACGCUCGCUCCCGUCUCACAUACACGCUCGCUCCCGUCUCACAUACACGCUCGCUCCCGUCUCACAUACACACUCGCUCCCGUCUCACAUACACACUCGCUCCCGUCUCACAUACACACUCGCUCCCGUCUCACAUACACACUCGCUCCCGUCUCACAUACACACUAUGUCCCGUCUCACAUACACACUAUGUCCCGUCUCACAUACACGCUCGCUCCCGUCUCACAUACACACUAUGUCCCGUCUCACAUACACACUAUGUCCCGUCUCACAUACACACUAUGUCCCGUCUCACAUACACACUAUGUCCCGUCUCACAUACACACUCGGUCCCGUCUCACAUACACGCUCGGUCCCGUCUCACAUACACGCUCGGUCCCGUCUCACAUACACGCUCGGUCCCGUCUCACAUACACGCUCGGUCCCGUCUCACAUACACGCUCGCUUCCGUCUCACAUACACACUAUGUCCCGUCUCACAUACACACUAUGUCCCGUCUCACAUACACACUAUGUCCCGUCUCACAUACACGCUCGCUCCCGUCUCACAUACACGCUCGCUCCCGUCUCACAUACACGCUCGCUCCCGUCUCACAUACACGCUCGCUCCCGUCUCACCUACACGCUCGCUCCCGUCUCACCUACACGCUCGCUCCCGUCUCACAUACACACUAUGUCCCGUCUCACAUACACACUCGCUCCCGUCUCACAUACACACUAUGUCCCGUCUCACAUACACGCUCGCUCCCGUCUCACAUACACGCUCGGUCCCGUCUCACAUACACGCUCGGUCCCGUCUCACAUACACGCUCGCUUCCGUCUCACAUACACACUAUGUCCCGUCUCACAUACACACUAUGUCCCGUCUCACAUACACACUAUGUCCCGUCUCACAUACACGCUCGCUCCCGUCUCACCUACACGCUCGCUCCCGUCUCACAUACACACUAUGUCCCGUCUCACAUACACACUCGGUCCCGUCUCACAUACACACUAUGUCCCGUCUCACCUACACGCUUGCUCCCGUCUCACCUACACACCCGCUCCCGUCUCACCUACACACCCGGUCCCGUCUCACCUACACACUCGGUCCCGUCUCACCUACACACUCGGUCCCGUCUCACCUACACACUCGGUCCCGUCUCACAUACACACUCGGUCCCGUCUCACCUACACACUCGGUCCCGUCUCACCUACACUCGGCUUUGAAUGGUACUCCAACAUCUCAGGCAUUUUUCAUCCACUUCAGCUUUAAUAUUUAUGUUCCUCAUGGAUGUAGCUCUGAAUCAAAAGCAGAAUAAAACCCAAAUGUUUGACAUUUCUGUAGCAGGGAAUGUACACUAUAUUGACAAAAGUAUUUGGCCACCUGCCUCGACUCACAUAUGAACUUGAAGUGCCAUCCCAUUCCUAACCCAUAGGGUUCAAUAUGACACCUUUUGCAGCUAUUAAAGCUUCAGUUCUCCUGGGAAGGCUGUCCACAAGGUUGCAGAGUGUGUUUAUAGCAAUUUUCCACCAUUCUUCCAAAAGCGCAUUGGUGAGGUCACAGACUGAUGUUGGUGAAGAAGGCCUGGCUCUCAGUCUCUGUUCUAAUUCAUCCCAAAGGUGUUCUAUCAGGUUCAGGUCAGGACUCUGUGCAGACCAGUCAAGUUCAUCCACACCAGACUGUCAUCCAUGUCCUUAUGGACCUUGCUUUGUGCACUGGUGCACAGUCAUGUUGGAAGAAGGGGCCCGCUCCAAAAUGUUCCCACAAGGUUGAGAGCAUGGAAUUGUCUAAUAUGUUUUGGUAUCCUGGAGCAUUCAAAGUUCCUUUCACUGGAAGCCCAACUCCUGAAAAACCAACCCCACACCAUAAUUCCUCCUCCACCAAAUUUCACACUCGGCACAAUGCAGUCCAAAAUGCAGCGUUCCCCUGGCAACCUCCAAACCCAGACUGGUCCAUCAGAUUGCCAGAUGGAAAAGUGUGAUUCAUCAGUCCAGAGAAGGCGUCUCCACUGCUCUAGAGUCCAGUGGUGAUGUCCUUUACACCACUGCAUCCCACGCUUUGCUUGGACUUGGUGAUGUAUGGCUUAGAUGCAUCUGAUCAGCCAUGGAAAGCCAUUCCAUGAAGCUCUCUGUGUCCUGUACGUGGGCUAAUUGGAAGGUGACAUGAAGUCUGGAGCUGUGUAGCAAGUGACUGUGCAGAAAGUCUUUGCACUAUGCUGACCUCUCUGUCAGUUUACCUGGCCUACCACUUGCUGGCUGAGUUGCUGUUGUUCCCAAACUCUUUACUUUUCUUAGAAUAAAGUUGACUUUGGAAUAAUUUAGGAGUGAGGAAAUUUUAACCACUGGAUUUGUGGCACAGGUGGCAUCCUGUGACAGUUCCACGCUGGAAAUCACUGAGAGCGGCCCAUUCUGUAGCAACAGUCUCCAUGCCCAAGUGCUUGAUUUGAUACACCGGGCCAAGUGAUUAGGACUCCUGAUUGUCAUCAUUUGGAUGGCUGGCUAAGUACUUUUGGUAAUAUAGUGUACUUUGAGACAGAUGUCUUCAUGUUUACUUUCUAGAAGCUGCCAAACUGCCCGAUGUACUUGUUUAUAUUCCACAGUGCUGUUUGUUGUGCUCCAAUCACUUCAAUGCCUGACUGUUGCCACGGCAACGAGGCAAGUACGUUGUGGAUGUGAGUGUUUGUCACGUGGUUACAGUCAUUCCAGAACUGUUGGAUUUUGUUUUGAAUGCCAAAUUUUUGAUCAUUUUUCCUUUAAAGAGAGAUAUAUAUCUUUUUGUUGGUUGUGAAAACAAUAUAAAUGCAAUUUCCCUUAUCGGCCUGUGGUUGACUCGGCCUGUAAUUCCCCGUGUGGCGCCCUCUGCUGAAGUGAGCUGACACUGAUAAAAGCCAGGGGACAACUUGUAUAUUCCAAAAAAAUAAAAUAAAAAAUAAAAUGCAUGACAUUAAACCGUACGAGUCAUCGGGAAUGAAGUGAGAGUCAAAAGCCAUCCAAUCAGCAAAAGUGUUGUCAUUUUUCUAACAACCACGUGACUAAAUAGUGCUGACACUGCACCUGCAUGAUGUUGACGCGCAAAAAAAACUAUUAUUCCCUUUCCUUGAUGAACACAGAGUCAAGUAUUUGAGAGUUGAAGUGUUAUUUCUUGUUACAAAUGUCUAAUAACUGCCAACUAAACGCAUGUUUGUGUUGAUUGGCAGACAUUUAGCUGACAGAAUGUCAACUUGCAGUGGGUCUGGUCUUCAUUAUUGCCUCAUCCCUGCUCACUUCUAGCCUGAUGAGUGCGGAGGAGACAGAGAUGCCACCUAGUGGUUGCUUGAGCACACUGACGCAAAAAAGUGUACAUAAACUUAUAAAGAACAUGUCAUGGUUGUCUUGUGUUUCCAAUCAUUUCUACAACUCCUAUUUUGUUGUGAUGUAGUGAUUAGAGCACAGAACUUUCCUCCAAACCACCAUGCAUGACGGUAGGCCUGGUGCUCCUGGGAUUAAAAGGCCUCCAAACGGACAUCACAUGGACAAAGAUAAGACCCUCUGGAGGAAAAUUCUGUGGUCAUAUGAAACAAAAGUGAGCUGUUUGGCCACAAUACCCAGCAAUAUGUUUGGAGGAGAAAGGUGAGGCCUUUAAUCCCAGGAACACCAGACCUACUGUCAAGCAUGGUGGUGUGGACAAAAGGCAAGACCUUCUGGAGGGAAAUUCUUUGCUCCAAUCACUAUCACAAAAAAAUAAGACUUGUAGAAAUGAUCGGAAACUCCAGACAGCCAUGACAUGAUGUUCUUUACAAGUUUAAGUAGCGCUUUUCUCUAGUGACUCAACACGAUUUACAUAGUGAAAGCCACGACCUAAGUUCGGGGGUGGUAGAGUGCCUGGCUCAAGGACACGACGACAGGAGGCGGGGAUCAAACCUGGUACCCUCAAGUUGCUUCAGGCACAGACAGGAUUCUCACAAGAGUGAGGGAGAAAAGACAACCUGACAUGAGUGUAACUGUGGAGAGUCAAGUGUUAGUGGUCGUGAUGGAUGACAUAAAUCAUUCCAAGGUGGUGUGUGUGUGUGUGUUGUGCAGAUGUUACUGGACGUGUGUGUGUGAUGAUUUAUAUCCACCGUCUGGAUUGUCCUGUGCUGCUUGAAAAAAAAGACAUAUUAGGAGUAAUAGUGCUCUAAAAUAAAUAAAGUCUGUAGUUUGGACUGAGACAAUAAAAGUGCUGAUAGUCAUUCUUUGCAUGGAUGUUACGUUUGUUGUCCCUCACACACAAACUCAUGGUUGGAAUGAAAAGCUCUUAAAACAGUGGAUUUUAUUAUUUUUAUUUAUUUUUUUUUGGCGCCGCCCAUUUAUUGUAGAGUAUGUCUGACUUGUGUGUAAAAGAUACUAAUAAAGGAGAAGAAAUGCUGUC